CCUCACUUAUUGACGUUGAACUAUACUGACUUAAUCUUAUAAUAUUAUGUUAUUGUCUUGUUUGUUUACAUUUCAAAACGCCAUAAUACUGUGCGAUAUCUAUAUGUGUAUAAAUUGAGGUUUGUAAAUAACGUCUUUAUCUAGUUUAUUUUACCUGGUUGACAAGGAAGUGAUAUUAUCGGAUUUCAUUGAACAACUGUGUGCGAUCAAUAAUUAUCUACAAUAUUAAAUUCAUAUUAUUAUGACAUUUGGGACUGUUGAGAUAUGAACUAAAAUAUAAACUUCACUAUGGAAGUCUCUGGAAAAAGACCUAGUAAAGACAAAAAUGUAGGUACUGCGGUAACGGAUACACUUUGUGAACCAUGUCAAGAUAUACAUGUCACGACAAGUGCGAAUGGCGUAUGUCGGGAGUGUAAGGAAUAUAUGUGCAACACGUGCUUCCAACAUCAUCUUAAAGCGAGGCAAUGUAGAAAUCAUGUUUUAGUUGAUGCGGGCCAUCCGUCAGCGUCGUCUGACAGAGCUGAGGAUUUAGAGAAAUGUAAACACCAUGGAGAAGAAACGAUUAAAUAUUACUGCCGUAUGCACAAUGUUGUAGGGUGUGGUGACUGUAUGAUAAGCGGACAUGGUGCUUGUAAGCCUGAAUUUAUAAAGGAUAUAUCUGAAGAUUUCAAAGAAAAUGAUGAAUUCAAAAGCCUGGUCAGAAAACUUGAGAAAAUGACGUCUGCAAUCAAAGAUAGUGAGAAGAAAAUUCAAGAUGAUAAGAGAGAAGUGAUGUCGAUGCAUGAACGCGCAAUUAGAGAACUAAGAGAGUUUAGAACAGAUAUUAUUGAGUAUUUGGACAAUGCUGAAGAUGAGUUAAAUCGUUUAAGGUCUAAAAAUGAAAGCCUGCUUACCCAGCUGGGGAAAAAUUGCAAACUACUUUCAAUAAAAUUAGCAGAAAUUAAAAAGGAAACAAACGCAGAAAUCUACCACGGGAGGUCGCUGUUUAUCCACUCAGUUGAGUGCAAGCCAAAGGUUCUCGAAUCUGAAAAUGCAAUAGCCCAGCUACAAGUAGAAUUUAGUAAUAUUGAGAAAAUCACAUUUGUACCUGACCAACGGCUGCUCAAUAUCAUCGCUCCUAAACUAAACUUAAAGCGAGCUGGUUUCGAGGUUCCGGCGUUUGUUCGCACUAAACAAGAUUCACAGAAAAGUAGUGAUUCUAUGGCAGAUCAGAAAAGCAGAAAUGACAAGGUCACCGUAAAGAAAGAAGAAAUGACACCAAGGGCCAAUCCUAAGGGAACAAAAACAAGGGCGGCAAUGCAAAGAUGUAAGGAAGAGGAUAUCAAAAAGCAAACGUCUGGUCAAAGUCAGGCAGGAAGUGGCUGUCAGCAACAGUAACCUUCUUCGGAAACGAUUCACAAGUUUACAAAUGUGUAACUUACACAAUAUUUCAAGUUUUUGUAUGAAUAGUUUAUCUUAAGGAACUUCAGAAGACCAAGCAUAUCAACGCUUAAGAGCAGUUCACAAAGAAUUACAAUAUUUAUCAGUAUUUCAAAUUUUAUACCGUUUACAGAAAUGUUGAGGUUGUUUUGUGACUAAAAUUUAGCCUAUGCAGAUGCGGAGUACUGAGCGGUUUCGCGUCAUACUAUCUUUAUAUGUUGCAACAUAUAAUAUGUAUUUGUGAAAGAUUGUUAUCUGAAGGAUAUAAUGGGACUUUGAAGCCAGCUGUCAAACCUUUUCUUCAUAUUUGUUGUUUCGUAAAGCGUGUACAUUACACGCCUGUUAAACAACAAAGCUACCUCUUCCAGAGGUGUACGGUAAAUCGCUCUGUCGCAACUUCCGAGCUAGUGCAUGUCGCGAUAAAAGAACGUCAUCAAAGGUGAGUGUCAUCCUCGCUUUUGCAUUUUUAAUAUUAUUGUAUCGAAUAUCAAAAAUCGGUGAAUGGUAGGCGAUGUAGAUAUGAUUUAACUUUACAGAGAAUUUAAGAUUUGCUAAUUUAUUCUUGAUUUGUGGUCGUGGUGGUGUUUACCAGCAAGCUCAUUUAGCAGUGAAUUUGGCCGUCCCGUCAUGAAAGCAUUUUCAUUGUCAAAUAUUUGCAUUUUAACUGAUAUUAAGAGGCAAAUCGAGUAGUCGUGAGAUAGCUGUAAAGUAUACAGUGCAUUUGGAAAUAAAAAUGUACCGAAAAUGACUUGGGAGUACUAGCUCGGGAGUUGCGACAGAGCGAUUUAGCGUAUACCCCAAGAAGAGGUAACUCUGUUGUUUACCAGGCGUGCAUUAGUAAUAUAAAUGGUUGAAAUUCAGUGCAUAGGAGGCAAACUCAAAAGCACCGCUAGAUUGGGUAUGAGAGUUCCCGGUGCAGAAUCUUGCAUUUUUUCUAAUACGCAUUGGUAACAUGCAUUUUAAAACAAUAGUACUUUAGAGUAGAGACUAUAGACAAGAUGGCAAUAUUACUAUCCUUUCUGCAGAGAUACAGGAUAUUAUAAUUAAAUAAAGCAGUCGAAUAACAGGUUUUAACAUUUAUGAAAAGAGUAUGAUUUAGUGUGUGAUCCUCCAAAUCUGUAACUGGGAAUCAUGUGAUCUUUUUCUUAAAAAGAAAUAAAGAGGAAAAGCCGUGAAUCAAACAGUGGUUAAAAUGCAGAUGACAUGUGGCACAAAUAUAAUAAACUGUAUAGAAAAUUCAUUAACCUUUAGCUUGCUGACGGCAAUUGGUUUUGCCUUUGCAAACAGUGCAAACCAAGAAAAAGAACAUGAUCUGCACUGUUCGCUAUUAAGUCAGUACAUUUUCAAUGAUUACACCUUUGAAUAUGUACUGCCAAAAUUGAAUGAUGGACAUUCCAUUUUAGAAAUUUAGCAGGCUUAAGGUUAAAGCAUUGCAUCGCAUUGUGGGUUGUUGCAUGGAUCCAUGCUGUUCGCUAACAGUUUCUCUUAUUGCAAUAGGCUUUGAAAGCGAACAGCAUGGAUCCUGACCAGACUGCGCGGAUGCGCAGGCUGGUCUGGAUCCAUGCUGGUCGCAAACGUACUAUGUUGGUUUUCUCAUGGUGCGGCUCAUAUAUUACCUAUAUCUAGUAUAAACGUUCCGAACCCUCUUCAUAAUAAACGCACAGCUAUGGUCUUAAAACUUAACUCACUCCUAGAUAUUUACUAUUUUUGUUUGAAUAAUUUUGUUAAUAUAACAGAUCUGAAGCUGGCAGUUCAGAAAGUUAACUUGAUUUAAUGCUUAAUGUUAAUAUAUAUUUAAAACCACAGCUUAUCAGCAUUAUUUGUUAAAUUACAUGUCCUUGCAUUUCUUUUUAUACUUUCAUUUUGCUCUAGACUUUUCAUCUUUAUAUGCAAAUAACGACCCACCUUCUUUGUAGGGAGCAAACAUUAGUUUAGUGUUAGGUAUUGUUUUAUAUAAAAUACUUAAUAAAGGGAUGAUUGAAUUCUAAAAAUGUAUAAACUAGUAUUAUAUCUAUCAUUGUUUCAUUUUGUCUUUUUGAGUGUAUAUAUUUCUGAAAUAAACGGGCCUUAAACGUGGUUCCAAGU